GUCCAGAACGUUCACGGAGCUUUCAACGCUCUUGGGGGAGCAGACAGACUCACCUCCAACCCCCUUGCCUCCCACGACUACAUCUUGAAGAUCGUGCCCACGGUUUACGAGGACAAGAGUGGCAAGCAGCGGUACUCCUACCAGUACACAGUGGCCAACAAGGAGUACGUCGCCUACAGCCACACGGGCCGCAUCAUACCUGCCAUCUGGUUCCGCUACGACCUCAGCCCCAUCACGGUCAAGUACACAGAGAGACGGCAGCCGCUAUACAGGUUUAUCACCACGAUCUGUGCCAUCAUUGGCGGGACCUUCACUGUCGCUGGCAUUCUGGACUCAUGCAUCUUCACAGCCUCAGAGGCUUGGAAGAAGAUCCAGCUGGGCAAGAUGCAUUGAUGUCCUGCCUGGCCUGGAUAGCCGAAGACCCAGAGAGAUUGCCAGCCCAGCCUCCAGCACCCUGUCUCCUCCUGCCCCCAUCUGGCCCAGGAUCUGGCUGUGUCCCAAAGUGUGUGGGGGAGGUGGAGGGAAAGAUAGGGGCUGGCUCAAGGUUUUGCAGCUACCUCUUUUCCCCAUGUUUAAUUUUAGACAAAUUAUACUGCCUGAAGUUGUGCCCCUUUCCCUGGGGAGCCCCAAGACCAGAGUCAGGCAAGGGGAACAGAGCUCUAGGGAUGUUGGGGACCCCUCCUGGGAGGGCUGCAGUCUCCUCCCUCCUAGGGGAACAGCCCAGAAUCCAUGCCGACCAGCUCUCAACCAGGCUUUGACAAUCUCGCAGCCCCCACCAUUUGAACGUACUAGUCACUUGGUUUCUCCCCUGGGCAGCCGACCUGCCCCAGAGGCUCCAGACUUUUGGGACCAGGCUGCCCAAAGGUAUUCCCAUCUGGCACCUUCAAUGAAAGAUGGUACGUCUCAGGCAAAUGCGUGAGAUUUGGCUCUGUAGUUAGAAUGCUCACUUCUGCCCCAUUCCUUCCUGGCCAACCUAGAGUCCAGGCCUCAAGUCCCUUUCCCCCCACCCCUUUCUUGUUCUUCCAAAAAGCAAAUGCCCAGUUGCUUGGCAGCAGUGGUGGAGACACAUCUGCCUGUCGGUCACGAGGCAGGCCACAGGUUUCCCUUCUUCUCUUCUCCUUUUUCCUCUCAACCCCCACCAAUGUGCCUCGGUCCCUGUGCUGUGUGGCAACAGCAUCUCCUGGUGGGGGGAGGGGCUGGUUCCCACUGCCAGGUCUCCCCACCACUUUUUGGGAUCUGCAGUGGCAGUGGUAGGGGUCAUGUGACUGGCAAGUCAUCCUUUGAGAACCAGAUAGACAUGGUUUGUGUGCUUAUGUCCACAUGGGAAGCAUCCUCCCGCAAUCUUAAAAUAAUCAUGUCUUAGCCUGUCCCAGACAGACGCCAUUGGUCUCAAGGCCUUAGGUGAGGAAAUUAAAGCAGAUCAGCCCUUCUCCCUUUUUUUGCCCUCCACCUUCUGGGCUCCCAAGGGAUGCAGAACACUGAGACCUUUGUGCAGCCCAGUUGUGGCUCGCUUGCCACUGGGCUCCCCGAUGGGCCAGCCACACACCAACAUACUCCCAGCCCCUGGGGCAGCUCCAGUGUCUCCCCACUUGCUCCCGAGGGGGUCUGUAUCCUGCUGCUCCCCCUCAUCCUUCCCCUUUUGUCCUGAAAGGGUGGGGCAAUGGUCCAGGCACGAAUUCCACCCAGGGAAUUUUAGCUAUGCCCUCAUAUUCCAGGGAGAGAGCUGCCCACCUGUUUUCCAUUUAUAUCAAGAUUGUUUGCAUACUUUUGUAAUGAAGGGGAAUGUCCAGUGGAAGGAUUUUUUAAAUUAUCUAUAUGGGUA